CUCUCAUAUUAAGAAAAACUAACAAAAUUUUCCAGAAUAUAUAUAUAGUUUCUGACUGUUUUAGGGUUUUGUAUGUGUUGCAGUGUUUUGUUGGUGGCCGGAUUAUUACGACGAAGCUGGUUGGUUACCCUUGUUUUGUCGGGUAAACGGCAGCUUAGUACGUGUGGACUAACAACGGAAAUACUAAUAACUAAGAUUGAUUGAGGAGAAGUUCCGUUCCAGGUUAGAGAAGAUCAAUAAUAUAAUAUAAUGGCACCUGUUUCAUUGCCCCCCGGCUUCCGCUUUCACCCCACCGACGAAGAGCUGGUGGCUUACUACCUGAAACGCAAGAUCAACGGCCGCAAGAUCGAGCUGGAGGUCAUCCCCGAAGUUGAUCUCUACAAAUGUGAACCCUGGGAUUUACCUGGGAAGUCAUUGUUGCCUAGCAAAGAUUUAGAAUGGUAUUUCUUUAGUCCUCGAGACCGGAAGUAUCCGAAUGGGUCAAGGACUAAUCGGGCAACGAAAGCUGGAUACUGGAAGGCCACUGGAAAGGAUAGGAAAGUAAAUUCACAAAUGAGGUCGGUUGGGAUGAAGAAAACCCUAGUGUAUUAUAGAGGGAGAGCACCCCAUGGAGCUCGAACUGAUUGGGUCAUGCAUGAAUAUCGCUUAGAUGAAAGGGAAUGUGAAAUUCAAAACGGCUUGCAGGAUGCAUAUGCACUUUGCCGGGUAUUCAAGAAGAGUUUGACGAAUACCGGUCCUAAAAUCGGCGAUCAUUAUGUUAGUGCGACGAGUGAUAGGUCAUCCAGCAUGGACAUUUACUCUGAGGGAAGGUGUGAGGAGAUGGAGAGCUCUAACUACGCAAUGGCGGCGCCGCCGUCGGCAGCGGCAGCUUCAUGCUCAUCCAUGGCGGCCGCCGCCGUCCAUGGAUCUCCGUUUCAUCAUCAUGUCGCUGCAGCAGGCCCAAGCACCAAUGACGAUAAAUGGAUGCACUACUUAUCAGAUGAAGCAUUUAGCUUCCACACCCCACCUCCCUCCUCCCUUCCAAACUAUGCAACCAUGCCUUAUCCACCUUCAAAGGUUGAUAUAGCAUUGGAGUGUGCCAGGUUGCAGCACCGCUUCAUGUUACCGCAGCUGGAGGUCCAAGAUUUCCCCCAUGUCGUUAGCCAUGUUGAUUCGAGGAUGAUGAUGCCCCAUCAUCAUCAUCAAUCAAGCUUCAUUAACCACGACAACAACCCGGACAUUGUUCAGGAAAUCCUUUCGGUUGCACAAGCGUCGCAGGAUCUGAUGAACCAAGACGGUUGGGGUGGAGGCGGCGGCUAUGCUCCAACUGCCGCCGCAGAUGAUGAUUUUUCUUUCCUCCUCCCUCACAAUGCUAGCCAGUUUCAAGACAUGGGUAACUUCAGAUUCAUGGAUCAGUUGAGAGAAGACCAGAACGGCGGCAGGAACAUUGAGAUUACAGAUUUCGCAGAUGAAUUCAAGCCGGAUAGAAUGGUGGAGAACCUAAGAUGGGUAGGAAUGUCCGACAAAGACCUUGAAAAGACACUUUUGGAGGACUACAAGGCAGUUCCAAUAGAAAAUGUUUCAGGCUUCAAUAGAGAAGGGCAUGAGGAUCAUGGAGAAAGCAGCCAACACAACAACUUGAGUGACAUCAACGACGACUUCUCCCUGGGAUUCGACAACAACAACAAUUUCUUGUCGGAUGGCGGGGGCGAUUUCUCGGAUUCCCCGAGCUUCGAGGUUUACGAGAAAGUGGAAGUGAAGCACGGGAUGUUCAUCGCGAGCAGACAGGCAGCGAAGACACUGUACCAUCAAGUGGUCCCUUCCACCACCGUCAGAAUCCACCGAAACCUCCUCGUACCCACCUUUCCAGUAUCAAAAUUUGAAGCUAACAUUGUGGUGGACAAUAAGUUCAUGGCAUUUUCAAGAAAGAUGUUGAUCGGAGUGAUGAAGUUCACUCGGCCAUGGCGGAGAAUGGUGAGCACCCUAGUGGGGGUCAUCGCCAUUAUUCUCCACACCUGUUGGGUUUACUUUGUGGAAUUAUUCAUGGAGGCCCAGGAGAAGAACUACUACUACUGCUGCAAUUUCUCAGGGGAGAAGAAAUCUGGAGAUUAUGAUGAGUGGGAGAUCAAUUUCAAGAAAAACAAAGAUUCAUCAAUUGCAGACAAGAAUCCCAGAAUGACGAGGAGAGUGGACGACAAGACCACUACAGCAGCACCAUGGCCAUAUCUCACUCUCGUGUUGGCUCUUUCUACCAUUUGGCUGCACCAAAAUGUUACUUUCUUUUGAUUUUUAUUUAUUUAUUUAUUUAUUUUUUUGAAUUACUAACCUCAUUUGUUUGUUAAUUAGGAGAUCGAGGCCUAACUUAGCCUUGCCCUAAAUUAAAUUGAUAUAUGAUGAUGUAAUACCAAAGUGUUUUAAUUUCUUACACAUA